AUGAAGCGCAAGCUUUCGGAUUCCGGUCUGGAAAAUGACCACCCCGAGGUCUCGACUCCGAAGAGGCCGCGGACGGCGUUGUCGCAGACCAGUGGCGCGCUGAACGGACACGCCCCAACCCACCCUCCCACGAACGGCGAUGACACCUACGAACUGGUCCCGACGCCGCGGAAUCAAUCCACGCCCAAAAAGACCAGCGGGGUAGCCCCGACUCCAUUGAAGGAAUCAGGAUUGAGAACGCCUACCCACAAGUCCAAAGCCCGCUCGCUAUUUGCGACGCCUACGAAGCCGAAGACCGCGACCUCUGCUACUCCGUCCCGCAUCAAGAAUGCAGAUCGCUCUGCGAAGAAGAAGAGCGCCCAGGUGCUUUUUGAGCAGAACGAGGAUGGUGCCUGGGAUGGCUCGGCGCAGCUCGCAGAGGAGAUUCUCCAAGGGGACGAGCCCGAGGCUGAGCAGGACCAGGCUGAUGACGCAGUACUGGAAAGUGUUGAAGGAACUGAGCAAGGGAAAGCCACCGGCAAAGAGGCCAAGGCACCCAAACGACGAGCUGGCCGGCCCAAGGGUGCUAAAAACAAGCGGUCUCCCACCCCAGAGGGCGAAUUGCCUGCACAUGAGCGCUAUUUUUUCCAGAACCGCGCCAAUACCCUCAAGACAUCCAAUACUACUCUCAACAAACUGACUCUCUUGACCCAUGAGGAAUAUUUCGAGAAGUUAGCCCAGUACGUCGACCCGUGCAAGGAAGAGAAAGAGUAUCUACAUUCGUUGCACCAACGGUCAUUUGCGCAGUGGUAUUUCGAGUUCGAAGAAGGCUUCAAUAUUUGCUUGUUUGGCUAUGGAUCGAAACGCAGGCUGGUGCACCAAUUCGCGGACUGGCUCUAUCACUAUCGCUCCGCCGCUGCAAAAACCCCGCCCAUCGUGGUCGUCAACGGCUACACUCCCGGUAUCUCAAUUCGUUCAAUCUUCGCGGCCAUUGCAUCAGCCAUUCUCGGCGAUGCUUUGCCCUCCAAGCUCGGUGCGCAGCCCACCGAGGUCCUGGAGCUUCUGCAAUCGGCGCUUAAAUCGCGGCCAGCUGACGAGGAACCUAUCACGGUCCUGAUCAACUCGGUUGACGCUCCGCCCCUCCGGCGAGCAGCGAACCAGGCUCUCCUCGCCCGUCUCGCUGCAACUCCGCGCAUCCGCCUCCUCGUGACGACGGACACGCCGAAUUUUGCAGUCAUGUGGGAUAUCAGCCUCCGGGACCAGCUGAAUCUUGUGUUCCACGACAGCACGACAUUCACUCCGUUUGCGGUGGAAUCCAAUGUUGUUGAAGAAGUUCACACCCUGCUCGGCCGCAAGGGCCAACGAGUUGGCGGCAAGGAAGGUGUUGGCUUCGUGCUGAAGAGUCUGCCCGAGAAUGCCAGGAACCUCUACCGCCUUCUCCUCACUGAGGUCAUCACCGCCAUGGACGAAGGCCACCUGUCCGACGACGAAGGCCCCGCCGACGGCGGUGGGAAAGGUGCCGACGAGAAUGGUAUUGAAUUCCGCCUCCUGUAUCAGAAAGCGACCGAGGAGUUCAUCGCAUCUUCUGAGAUGAUGUUCCGCACUUUGCUCAAGGAGUUCCACGAUCACCAGAUGAUCACAUCGCGCAUGGACCCCAGCGGCAUGGAAAUACUUGGCGUGCCGCUCUCCCGCGAUGAAAUGGAGGGCGUGCUGGAGGACCUAGUAUUGGGAUAA